AUGGAGCUCGACCAAGAGCUCGAUCGAGUUGAUGAGCUCGACCAAGAGCUCGAUCGAGUUGAUGAGCUCGAUCGAGUUGGUGAGCUCGAUCGAGUUGAGGGUCGAGUUGGUCUAACCCUUUCCCAAGGUGAAAGCUAUCAACCAAGACUUGAUCUCAGAAACAGGGGGUUAGCCAGUGAGAAUCAAGCCUUGGAGGCCAUAGGAUCAUUGCUCAAACUAAUCCAUCCAACCCCUUAG